UUUAAAGUAUUUAACUAUUGAAGUAUUUAAGUCGAUGUAGUUAAACAAUGUUUCUCACAAAAUGUGGAUUAUUUUGUUUAAUGGUUUUUGUUCAUGGGCAGAGAAAGGAAUCUAUGGACUGUAAAGAAAACUCUGAUUGUAUGAUGGAUCGUGGAUAUUGCCAUCCUUCUUCUAAAAUGUGUUUGUGCAAAAAUGAAGCGUCAACCUAUCCAGCCUGCACUAUUCAAGAAGGAGACGUAUGUGAUCCUCAAUGUAAGGAGAAAGAAUUUUGUGAUUUAAAAACCAAGAAAUGCAUGUGUUCCCUUGGAGGCUUCACGCUAAACUGCAAUACAAUGGUAUGUCCUGAAUUUCAAGUUCAGCGUGGUAUAAAAUGUUCCUGUAUGUAUGGGGAAGAGAAUGGAAAAUGUAGUAAAUGCAAAGACGAGUGUGGAAGCAAUGAGGAAUGUAGGAACCAAGGUGGAAAAAAGUACAAAUGUGUUUCAAAAGACAGAAGGAAAAUCAGAAGGAAAUCUCCAAACUCGAAACAAAAAACCCCGAAAAAACAAGAAAAGCCUUCAGAGCGGAAAACGUGUCAAAAAGUUGAAAGCUGGGGGAAUUGGAGUAGUUGGACGGCAUGCUCUCAGCCCUGUAAAAAAGACAGUGCUAAAUUUAGAUCUAGAGAAUGUAAAACACAAGGUUGUUGUGGUGGAGAGGGUACUGAUCAAGAAACCGCCUGUAGACCAGAAGAUUGUGGGCUUGAUGUGAAAAAUUUUGGGUUUUUCCCAUUAAAUUUAAAAAAACAGCAAAAGCCCUUAGAGCGGAAAAAGUGUCAAAAAGUUGAAAGCUGGGGGAAUUGGAGUAGUUGGUCGGCAUGCUCUCAGCCCUGUAAAGAAGACAGUGCUAAAUUUCAAACUAGAGAAUGUAAAACACCAGGUUGCUGUGGUGGAGAGGUUACUGUUCUAAAAACCGCCUGUAGACCAGAAGAUUGUGGGCCUGAUGUGAAAAAGUUUGGAGUUUUCCCAUUCAAUUUAAAAAAACAGCAAAAGCCUUUAGAGGGGAAAAAGUGUCAAAAAGUUGAAAGCUGGGGGGAUUGGACGAGUUGGACGGCAUGCUCUCAGCCCUGUAAAGAAGACAGUGCUAAAUUUCGAUCUAGAGAAUGUAAAACACAAGGUUGUUGUGGUGCAGGGGGUACUGAUCAAAAAACCGCCUGUAGACCAGAAGAUUGUGGGUCUAAUGUGAACAAGUUUGGGGUUUUCCCAUUCAAUUUAAAACUGACACUAGGUUAAUAAAAAUACGAUUAUCACUAAAUAUAUUUUCUUAAGUAUUUUA